UGUGUUUGUAGCAAAAGAGUAAAUUAAUCCUAAAGGCGUAAUCAAUUCCAGUUCAAGUGUAUUUAAUAAUUUGAGAUCUUUACUUCUGCGUGUGUUUUGUGUUUUAUAUCUUGCAAACAUGUAUUCUCGGAUAACUAGAAGAAAGCAACUAAUGAGGCUUACUACAUGGAAAGACGAUGAGUUACUACUACCUAAGGAGAAUCAAAGCAUUGUGAAAGUGUUGAAGAACAGAGGAAGAAAUUUACAUGCGGUAAUAACUCCAACUGGUGAAGAAUACUUAGUAUCCAUGCCAACUAAAUUGAGAAGAACCACAUGGGUGAGAAGAGGAUCAUAUAUCGUUGUUGAACCGAUACCUAGAGGAAACAAAGUAAAAGCUGAAAUAGUGAAAAUAAUGAACAAAAUCUCUAUACAAUGUUAUAAAGAAAAUAAUGUGUGGCCAAAAGAAUUCGAUGGGGAAGAGAAAACAAAUGCUUAUGAGGAUGACAGUAAUUUCUUAUUUGCGAACAGCAAUAAAGAGCUGGACCAUCUUGACAACAAUGAUUCGGAGGACGAAAAACUUUCGACACAGGAGUUCGAAGAGAAAGAGAACACAAAUGAUGAUGAGGAGGAGUUAUUUGUGCCCUGUGGUAAUAGAACGCUGAUAUCCGAUAGUUCCAGUGAUUCGGGUGACAGUGAUACGGACACAUACAAGGCCAGGGCUGAGAACUCGGACAGUGGGGGUGAAUAUUGAAAACAUUUGGAGCA